CUCAAAAACGAGUUUGUGACUGACAGACAGCGGUAUUCAGACAGAAGACGAGACUGCUGUGCUGUGCGCUGGUCGAAAUAAAUAAAUAACAGCUUUCUCCAUUCUGGCUUCUGGCAGUGGACGGUGCGAGAUGCUGCGGCUGCAUUGAUAGAGUUGGUUGAAGGGAUCAACCAGAAGUGACGAGGCAGCCUCAGCCAGGGCUCAGGCUACGAAUAGGAUAUUAACCGAGCACUGAUUGCGAUAGACUGAGUGAACGUUGUUGUAUGACAGACAGCAAGAAGAUGCACUAAGGACCGGAAGAGAAAAUGCUUCGUUUGAGAGUCGAAAUAUGAACGCACAUUCCACUUUGGUUUUAUUUUAUUUGCAGUGAUAUAUUUCCGUGGAUCUGAGCUGUUUAAACAACUUUUCGUGGUCCCCUUUUUCCAUGAUAACGGCAGAACCGGGCUUGAUUUACCGGGAAUUUCACCAGGAUCAUGUGGACCCCGACGGAAGAGGAGAAAAUCGGAGUUGUGAUCUGCACGUUUCGAGGGAUCGUGACGCAGGGUCUGUCUCUGGAGAUAGGAGAGACAGUUCAGAUACUGGAGAAAUGUGAAGGGUGGUUCCGAGGAUUCUCCACCAGGAAGCCCACAAUCAAGGGAAUCUUCCCGACCAGCUACAUUCACUUGAAGAAUGCCAUCGUUACCAACAGAGGGCAGUAUGAGACCGUGGUACCAGUAGAAGACCCCAUAGUGACGGAGGUCACCUCCACUCUGCAGGAAUGGGCCUUGCUAUGGAAGCAGCUUUACGUGAAACACAAGGUGGACUUGUUCUACAAGCUGCGUCACGUGAUGAACGAGCUGUUUGACCUUCGGAGACAGAUGUUGUCUGGUCACCUGACACAGGACCAGGUCAAAGACGUCAAGAGACACAUCACCAUCCGCCUGGACUGGGGCAACGAACACCUGGGCCUGGACCUUGUACCCAGGAAGGAGUUUGAAAUGGUGGAUGCAGACCAGAUCAGCGUCUCAGACUUAUACAAAAUGCAUCUGUCCAGCAGACACAGUGUCCAGCAAAGCACAACCCAGGCUGACAGUGUGCGUCGGAGCCACGGUGUAGAGCCCUGUCGUAUCCCCGUCCCUCACCACCUGUUCGUCAGCCUGAAGAGCUUCACCUACAACACCAUGGGAGAAGACACAGACGUCUCCUUCUCUCUCUACGACCUCAGGGAGGGGAAACAGAUCAGUGAGAAAUUUAUGGUGAGACUGAACAAGAAUGAAGGUCCCAAGAACACAGACAAGGUUGAUCGUUCGUGUGCUCUGUUCACGGAUUUAAGUAAUAAGGACAUGAAGCGGGACCUGUAUAUUGUUUCACAAGUCAUCAGAACCGGUCGGAUGCUGCUGAAUGACUCUAAGAAGGGUCCUCCUCACGUCCAGUACAGAAGGCCGUACGGCUGUGCGGUUCUGGCCAUGAGUGAUGUUCUACAGACCAUCUCAGAACUAAAGGAGGAGAAGGACUUCGUUCUCAAAGUCUACACAUGUAACAAUGAGAAUGAGUGGUACCAGAUCCAUGAAAACAUCAUAAGAAAAUCCAGCACCAAGUACACAGCUCCCAGCACCAACUAUGGUCUGAUAAUCUCUCUCCGGCUGCUGAGAGGAGAGAUGGAACAAAUCAGGAGAGAGAACCCUAUGAUUUUCAAUAGGGGCGUGGCCAUUACACGCAAGCUGGGCUUCCCCGAUGUCAUCAUGCCAGGUGACAUCCGUAACGACCUGUACCUCACCUUGGAAAGAGGAGACUUUGAAAGGGGAGGCAAGAGUGUCCAGAAGAACAUUGAGGUGUCCGUUUACGUGCUCUACGCAGACGGAGAGAUACUCAAAGACUGUAUCAGCCUGGGCAGUGGGGAGCCCCACAUUAGUGAGCACCGUUCCUUUGUCCUCUACCACAACAACAGCCCCCGCUGGGGCGAGGUGGUUAAACUACCCAUCCCCAUAGACCGCUUCAGAGGAUCACACCUACGCUUCGAGUUCAGACACUGCUCCACCAAAGACAAGGCGGAGAAGAAGCUGUUUGGCUUUGCCUUCACACCACUGAUGAGAGAGGACGGGACAACGCUGUCAGACGAGAGUCACGAGCUCUAUGUCUACAAGUGUGACGAGAAUGCUACGUUCAGUAACCACGCGUUGUAUCUGGGUCUGCCCUGCUGUAAGGAGGACUUCAACGGCUGUUCCAACAUUCCCUCCAGCCUCAUCUUCCAACGCAGCACCAAGGAGACCCUCUGGAUCUCCACACAGCUCUCCUCCACCAAGCUCACACAGAAUGUGGACCUGCUUGCGUUGUUGAAGUGGAAGGCCCACCCAGACAGAGUGAUGGACAUCCUGGGGCGACUACGUCAUGUCAGUGGAGAGGAGAUCGUCAAGUUCCUCCAAGACAUUUUGGACACCCUGUUUUCCAUCCUGGAUGACAACACUGACAAGUAUGGUCCUCUGGUGUUCCAGUCACUGGUGUUCAUCAUUAAUCUGCUGAGGGACAGCAAGUACUAUCACUUCCGUCCCGUCAUGGACACUUACAUCCAGAAGCACUUUGCUGGAGCGCUGGCGUACAAAGAGUUGAUCCGCUGUCUGAAGUGGUACAUGGACCGUUCUGCAGAAGUGGUGAAGCAGGAUCACAUCCAGGAGGCCAUGAGGGCUCUGGAGUACCUGUUGAAGUUCAUUAUCCAGUCACGGAUCCUGUACUCCCGUGCUACCUGUGGUAUGGAGGAGGAACAGUUCAGAGCCAGCAUCCAAGAGCUCUUCCAGUCCAUCCGCUUUGUCCUCAGUCUGGACAGCCGCAGCUCUGAGACACUCAUCUUCACACAGGCGGCACUCCUGAACUCAUUCCCGGCCAUCUUUGACGAACUGCUUCAGAUGUUUACAGUCCAGGAAGUGGCAGAGUUCGUACGGGGCACGCUGGGCAGCAUGCCUAGCACCGUACACAUCGGACAGUCCAUGGACGUGGUCAAACUGCAGUCCAUCGCUCGCACUGUUGACAGCCGCCUAUUCUCCUUCCCAGAGUCUCGUAGGAUCCUGCUUCCCGUGGUCCUGCAUCACAUCCACCUCCACCUGAGACAGCAGAAAGAGCUGCUCAUCUGUUCUGGCAUCCUCAGCAGUAUCUUCUCCAUCAUCAAGACCAGCUCUCUGGACACCCCGGUGCAGGAGGACAUAGAGAUGAUGGUGGAGUCUCUCCUGGAUGUGCUACUCCAGACCCUGCUGGCCAUCAUGAGCAAGUCUCAGUCCCAGGAGGCGGUAAGAGGCCAGCGCUGCCCACAGUGCACGGCUGAGAUCACUGGAGAGUAUGUGUCCUGCCUCCUAUCCCUGCUGCGUCAGAUGUCUGAAAUCCAUUUCCAACAUUUACUGGACAACUUCCAGAGCAAAGAGGAGCUGAAGGAGUUCCUGUUAAAGAUCUUCUGUGUGUUUCGUAACCUGAUGAAGCUCAGUGUCUUUCCCCGGGACUGGAACGUGAUGAGGCUGCUGACCAGCAACAUCAUAGUGACGACAGCCCAGUGUCUGUCCCCGGCUCUGAACAACAACUUCACCGAAGCUGACUUUGAUUUCAAGGUGUGGAACUCAUACUUCAGUCUGGCUGUUCUCUACAUCAACCAGCCCAGCCUACAAUUAGAGAACACCACACCAGCCAAGAGGAAAAAUGUGUUGGACAAGUAUGGUGACAUGAGGGUGAUGAUGGCCUACGAGCUCUUCAGCAUGUGGCAGAACCUUGGUGAGAACAAGAUCCACUUCAUCCCAGGUAUGAUAGGGCCGUUCCUGGGUGUGACCCUGGUGCCUCAGGGGGAGGUGAGGAACAUCAUGAUCCCUAUCUUCCACGACAUGAUGGACUGGGAGCAGAGGAAGAACGGGAACUUCAAACAGGUGGAGGCAGAGCUGAUUGACAAGCUAGACAGUCUGGUGUCUGAGGGGAAAGGAGACGAGAACUACCGCGAGCUCUUCAGCCUGCUCCUGCUGGAGAAGAUCGAGCAGGAGACUUGGAGGGAGACGGGAAUCUCCUUCGUCACCUCUGUCACGCGGCUGAUGGAACGUCUGCUGGACUACAGGGACUGCAUGAAAGGAGACGAGACAGAGAACAAGAAGAUUGGCUGUACUGUCAACCUGUUGAACUUCUACAAGUCAGAGAUCAACAAGGAGGAGAUGUACAUCCGCUAUAUCCACAAGCUGUGUGGCAUGCACCUCCAGGCUGAGAACUACACAGAGGCUGCGUUCACACUGCUGUUGUACUGGGAGCUGCUGCAUUGGGAGGAGAGGCCUCUGAGGGAGUUCCUCCACUACCCAGCCCAGAGCGAGUGGCAUCGCAAAGAGGGCCUCUGUCGUAAGGUCAUCAACUACUUCAACAAGGGCAAGUGCUGGGAGUAUGGGAUACCGCUGUGCAGAGAGCUGGCUUACCAGUAUGAGACCUUGUACGACUACCAAAGCCUCAGCUGGAUAAGGAAAAUGGAGGCAGCGUACUAUGACAACAUCAUGGAGCAGCAACGUCUAGAGCCAGAGUUCUUCAGGGUGGGCUUCUACGGACGCAAGUUCCCCUUCUUCCUAAGAAACAAGGAGUUUGUCUGCCGUGGUCAUGACUACGAACGUUUAGAAGCCUUCCAGCAAAGGAUGCUGGGAGAAUUCCCACAAGCCAUUGCCAUGCAACACCCCAACCAACCAGACGAGGCCAUUUUACAGUGUGACGCCCAGUACCUCCAGAUAUACGCCGUUUCGGCGGUACCGGAGAAUGUCAACGUUCUCCAGAUGGACCGGGUUCCAGACCGCAUCAAGAGCUUCUACCGAGUCAACAACGUGCGCCGCUUUCGCUACGACCGGCCCUUCCACAAAGGAUCCAAAGACCGAGAGAACGAGUUCAAGAGCUUGUGGAUCGAGAGGACUACGCUGAUACUCACACAUCCUCUCCCUGGUAUCUCCCGCUGGUUUGAGGUGGAGAAGAGAGAGCUGAUUGAGGUGAGUCCUCUGGAGAAUGCCAUCUACGUGGUGGAGAACAAGAACCAUGAGCUGCGGACCCUGAUCAGCCAGUACCAACACAAGCAGCUCCAUGGCAACAUCAACCUGCUCUCCAUGUGUCUCAAUGGGGUCAUUGACGCUGCCGUCAACGGGGGCAUCGCCAGAUACCAGGAGGCCUUCUUUGAUAAGGAGUACAUCGGCAGUCACGCAGAGGACACGGAGAAGAUCACUUCUCUCAAAGACCUCAUGCAGGAACAGGUUCACAUCCUGGGGGCGGGGCUUGCGGUCCAUGACAAGCUGGUGCACCCUGAAAUGCGUCCCCUGCACAAGAAGCUGAUAGAUCAGUUCCAAAUGAUGAGGAGCAGUCUCUAUGGUCUGCCUGGGCUGGACAAGCUGAGUCCUGCCUGUUCUGGUGCCAGCACUCCUCGAGGCAUCCUGGCUACGCACAGCCCCAUGAGCCCCGACAGCUUCAAAGUCAUGCACAGGCACAGUCCACUGAGUCUGCUGGGGUCUAUCCGCCACUCGUCCUCCUCACUGUCCUCUCACACCUCCAGUGAGACGGGUAAUCUGUUGAUCCUGACGGACGGCAUGGUGGUGGAACACCCCGAGGACGUCUACCGUAUGCAGGUCUGUCUCCACGCGAGGGUAGUGCCCGCUGUACCCACAGACAGGACUCUCAGCCAUCCAAGUCCUUCCUCCUCCAGCCUGAGCUCCACCCACUCAGCACCUUCCCAGAUGGUCAACUCCUCCAACAGCAUCAGAGGUUCCCCAUCGCUGCCGGAGAAAUACCGGAACAAUCGUGAGAUGUUGAUGCUGCUGCCUCCUCACCGUGAAAGACCCAGCUCCGCCAUGUACCCCAACAUCACUGAGAACGGACAGGUACAGCCAACCAACUUCCAGCGAGCGUUGUUCCACCAGGUGAUUGGUCCAUGCAAGCCCUGCAGCGACCCUAACCUGUCUGUGGCAGAGAAAGUCCUGACCACUCCUAGCAGCUGGAGUCUGGACAGUGGUACCAGAGAGGUGUUGCCGUUCCUGUCCGCCCACGUUGGGAGUGUGAUGGCCCCGCCUGUCCCGCCCCGCAGCCUGCCCCACGGACACUUCUCCAUGCACUUUGAUGCUUUCCACCACCAGAACAGCGACCUCCCUCCAGCUCUCCCUGCGCGCUCCUCUUUACGAAAGUCAGCCUUGCACCCUAUACCUGCCUCGCCCACCAGUCCCCAGUCCCAGUCCGGCCUGGAUGGCAGUAACUCUACCCUCUCUGGUAGCGCCUCCUCCGGCGUCUCCUCCCUGAGCGAGAGCAACUUCAUGGGCCAUUCAUGUUCCACCGAGUCCCACGGAACAACCAGACACCCAGCAGAUGCCCUGGACACUGUCUCCGUCACCCCCAGCAUGGCACACUCUACCUGGGCCACGGACGGAGAGGACCUGGGCAUGGACUCCCCCGCUGGUUCCUACCUGCCUGUGCGCUACAGUGUCUCUGAGUCAGAGAUCCUGGAUGGCUCCAAGCCCCCUCCCUGUCGUAGCCACUCCUCUCCUGGGGUGAUCACCCCACUCAUCACCAAUAUCGUGGUUCCAAUCAGCCCCGUCCUCCCAGAGGCCCAUACCCUUAACAUCCAGAACCUGCCCCACUACCGCCACCAGCCUCCGCCUGCCCUGCCCCCCAAGCCCCACCUGAGAGAGGGGUGUAUUCCUGAGGAGGAGGGGUGUAUACCAGCCAGGCCUAUGCCCAUGCCACGCAAGAUCUCUCAGCCUCUCAUCACCUCUAAGGAAGAGCAGGCCAAAGUGGCGUGGGAGCACGGCAUCGCCGAAGAGUGAAGAGGAGGCCUGGGGGCGUAUUCAGACAGUGAUGUGAAACAUUCUGAACGUUCCAGAUAGAAAUAGAUUAGAUAGAGCGGACACACAUGAUUUCCCCUUAUUCUUUCUGACAGACAAUCAUAUAUGUUCUACAUUAAAUAUAUUUCUAUCUGAAUGUUCUGUAAUGUUACAUUCUCCUGAACUGGCACUUGGUUGGUCGAGGCAUGGUUGGUCGAGGCAUGCCCAUUGGGACAGUGACACGUUUUUUGUUGUUUUGGCUCUGUGGUCCAGCACUUUGAAUUUAAAAUAAUACAAUGACUAUGAGGUUAAAGUAAACCGUGCUUACAGCACUCAAUGUACACAAUCUCCCCAUUUUAAGGGACUGAAAGUAUUGGGACAAAUUCACAUAUAUUUAUUAAAGUAGUAACAAGUUCAGUAUUUCGUCCCAUAUUCCUAGCACACAAUGGUUACAUCAAGCUUGUGACAAAUUUGCUGAAUGCAUCAGCUGUUUGUUUUGGUUGUGUUUCAGAUUAUUUUGUGCCCAAUAUAAAUGAAUGGUAAAUAAUAUGUUGUGUUUUAUUGUAAAUAAGAAUAGAAUAUGUUUCUAAACACUUCUACAUUAAUGUGGAUUCGACCAUGAUUACGGAUAAUCCUGAAUGAAUCGUGAAUAAUGAUAAGUGAGAAAGUUACAGAUGCACAAAUAUCACCCACCCACCACCACCACCACACCCGCCUAACCUCCCCUGUUAUUGUAAUGGUGAUUGUAAAAUAAGAAUUUGUUCUUAACUGACUUGCCUUGUUAAAUCAAGGUUAAAUAAAAUACAAUUUAAAUAAAAAAUGUUGUGCAGAAAAUAGUCAAUAAUUAAUUAUUUUGUCAUAGUUAAGAACAAAUUGUCAUCCAAUAGACUUUGAUUAAAUUACCAAUAUCCCCAUCCACGUGGAAAUCCUGCAAGAGUUCUAUGAAGGCCUAUUAGAUGAUGGUCUGAUCACAGGCCGUCUCCUGUUGAUAUUUGUUUUAUUUUUUUAUUUUGGUGCCAGCAAAAUAAGAAUGUGCUCUUAACUGAUUUGCCUAAUUAAAUAAAGGUUAAAUAAAGAUCAAAUUCUAGAUUAAUUCAGGACUGUUCAUAAUUAUGGUAACAUCCACAUGAAUAUAGAAGUGUUUAGAAACAAUCUAUUCUUAUUUACAAUGUGUGACUCCAAAAUGACACAAUACAUCAUUUACCAUUCAUUUCUAUACGAAUAUUAAACUUUGGACUACUUCAAUCAAUACACAUAUAAGUGAAUUUGUCCCAAUACUUUCGGUCCACUAAAAUGGGGGGGGAACUAUGUACAAAAACUGCUGUAAUUUGUAAAACGGUUCAACCGAUAUGGAUGAAAAUACCCUCAAUUUAAAGCUGACAGUCUGCACUUUAACCUCAUGGUCAUUGUAUCAUUUUAAAUCCAAAGUGCUGGAGUACAGAACCAAAACAACAACAACAAAUGUCACACCCCUAAUUCUUUUGGAGCUCACUGUAGUUUACAUGUUGUUAACAAUUUAAGCCAACCCCGUCUGUUUUGCCCCAUAGUUACGCACAAAUCGCUUUUGUUGCUAAACAACCAACGUGUGUGUGUGUGUGUGUGUGUGUGUGUGUGUGUGUGUGUGUGUGUGUGUGUGUGUGUGUGUGUGUGUGUGUGUGUGUGUGUGUGUGUGUGUGUGUGGUAUGGGGCUCAGUCUUUUCAUUUGAGUGCUUAUUUUAAUGUCCUUUCUCUAAAAAUUGUCUCACGCAUUACUUACACAGACAUUUUGGUAACAUUUGAAUCUGUACAGUAAUUCUAAUUUAUUGAUAGUUCAGGUCCACAUGCAGGUUCCAAAUCAUUGCACAAAGGGAAAACAUGGAUUUAUGAACCAAUUACCAGACAUUUAAUUAAUUUAGUUAAUUGAAGCAAAGCUGUGAUAAGAGUAAAGCUUGCUAGACCAUGACCUAUGACCUUUUUCAGUUUUAGAGAAGCAGCACUUUAGCACUUAGCAGCACCCAAACCCACUAGUGUUAUUCUACUCACACUUGUAUUGUAUGAAGAAAUGAAGAUGGGUUAAGUAGACUUUUGGGUUGUAUUGGGCUUCGGAUAGAUUAGUAUUAUUGUUGAGGUGUGGUAGUCUUUAUAUUAUGAUUGUUUAUUAAUUAACUUACCUUUUAUAGGGCACUAAAGUGGUAUUGGUUUAAAAAUAAUUAUAAACUCAGCGAUGCAACUAGCUGAGAGAGAGAGAGAGAGAGAGAGAGGGAGAGAGAGAGAGAGGGAGGGAGAGCGAGAGAGAGAGGGAGAGAGAGGGAGAAAGAGGGAGAGAGGGAGAGCGAGAGAGAGAGAGGAGAGAGAGAGAGAGAGAGAGAUCAGAACAGAUCACGCCUCUUGAUAAACACACACUUCCUCCUCCUUACGAGGAGGAGGAAUUGCCUCGACAGACAGACAGUAAGAGGCUUAAAUAGUGUUGUCAUGCUUCAUUACACAGUCGUCCUCUUUUAUAGUUGUGCACUGCCACAGCCAGAUCACUCAGCCACUAGAAAGGCAUAUUGUCCAUUAUGCUAUAUAAUAACUGGGAAUAACUGCCUGGCUGAUGAAUGCAAGCCAUUUCAAAGAUGUCACGUUGCAGUCUUAGAGGCUGCUCAAGUCUUUAUUUUGUGUUGGUUGGUUUAUUAAAAGUUUAUUUUCUGUUCAGUUGGCAGUAUGUUACGCACUACAGUACAAAGAAAAGUAUAUUUUUAGAGGAGAUGAAAAAAUUUGCAAGUUUAUUAUUAUGUGUAGUUAAAUAAUUAUAUAUAGUAUAUUAAUAUUAGAUGAUUUAUACAUUAAUCCCUAUAUCACGGAUUGACUGAGGAGAAUUGAUAACUUGAUGAUGACUAUGUAAAAACAGAACAAUAUGCAAGAUAAGAUGAGGGCAUUAAAGCCUCUGUAGCUGCUUAGUGAUGUGCACUUGUAUCUGGGAAGACAUGAACAUUGGAAUAACAUAAUUUAGAUGGAUGAUAUUUAUAGAAAAAAAUGAUUAUUAUGAUUGUGUGAUUUGUUUAGUUUUUUAUUUGGUACUUUUAUGUGUGCAUGUUCCAUUCUGUGAAAUAAGUGAUUUAACCCUGGCUAGUACUGGACGAGCUGACGCAUGCUAGGAGCAGAGAAUAGACUGAACUAAAGAUAUCCUUGUUUCUAAUCAUUGAUAUGUAUCGUCUAUUCAGUGCUGAUCACAAUGUACAGCUGAUUCUGCUUUUAGAUGUCUGUAUGCA